CUUAGAACUAUCUUUGAAUCAUCUGCAAAUUUGUUAAGUAUGGAAGUAGCAAGGCGCAACAACGGCUUCCGCAAGGUUGCCAAGUGGAUUGCUGGUGCCAUUGUUGUGGCAGGUGCUGCCAGUGGCAAUGUCCUAUGCGAUGAGGUUUCGGAACCACAGGAGGCUGAAGUUGCUGAAGUGAAGUCUGAGAUUAAUGUGAAUGAAGAAAUUAACACCGAGGUUAAAGAUUCAAAGAGAGCUGAUGUAAAUGUUGCGGAAGCAGAUAUCACAUUCGAAGACCCUGGAAAAGCAUACCGUAGGAAAGUAGCUGCUGUUACUGAGGAGGAGAAGCUAUUACAAGCGCCAGAUGCAGUCAUUUUUAGAAAUGUUGUUGGUAGACAGUACACUAACAAGGAAAUCGACGAUCUUGUAGAUAGAUCUGGUUUGAAAGGUACAAAAGGCGUUAUCCAGCAUGAGUUGGGAGUCAGAAAAAUAAAAUUACUACGUGAAAUGGGAAAGUUUAACACAAUCUUGGAAUCUCUUCCAAAAGAAAUUGCUGAAGAGGCAGGUAACUAUGCAACGUAUGAUAGAUUACCAGCUGAUUUAGCUGAAAAGGUUAAAUGGAAUCAUUUUAAUAAAAGUUUUUUUGGGCUUAUGGAAAAAGUUCCUCAAGACCUAGCAAAUGAAAUGAUGGGAUGCGAUAUUUACGAAGGAUUUCCGGGUGAGUUGAUCUUUAAAAUAAAAGAAUUUUUACAUCCUUUCGAUCCAUCUACUGUGUUUAUUGAUGAUGGAAAAGAUGAAGAUAUGGCGGACAAUCUUGAAACUAAUGUAAGAAUUGAAAUACCUUCGCUUAAACCAUUGUCUAACAAGCCGGCCACUGCAGAACAAAUUUAUCGUGUUAUCCGCGAUUACCCUCCGACUACAAUCGGUGACAGCAUGGACGUUGAAGUUAGCAGCCCCUUCAACCGAUUCUCACGUGACGAAAAGCGAGAUGACUUUUCCAAGUCAAAAGCAAUUAAAAAUUUCAGGAAGAUAAUUAACCACAUCACGGGAUAUUGCCUCAAGUUGAAGGAUCAGGCCCCCUACGGCGAUAUUUACAUGGCCUUUGAGGAUGCUAGCACUAUUAAGCUCCCUGUUGACAUUGCCGCAGAACUCGCUUCAUUACCCGAUGACUUCCGUGGAUUAUUCCCAGGAGCAGCUGUAGCACCCAAGACCAUUUUGUAUCUUGGACAGUUGUUGACGGAGGGUACACAUGGUAGGAGGCCACUCAGUGGGCGCUCUAGAGCGGUUUGGGAUAAGCAUUACGAAACCAACACAGAAGCCCUUUAUGAUGCCAUAUCAGUUAUUUAAAUGUAGCAUUGUCAUCCGAAAUAAUAUUGAGAGCCGAUAUCAGCUCUCU